CGCCGCCUCCUCCUCGACACCAUGAAGCAGAUCUGCCUCUGUGCCACUGCCUCCUUUGCGAGCCAGGACUGGACUAAGAAUGAUGAGAAGCUCCUGCAAGCUGUGGACUAUAAUGAUGCUGGGAGAGUGACAUCACUGCUUGUCCGCAAGGGCCUGGUUGCCACCAAGUUGGACUCAGAGGGAAAAUCUGCGUUCCACUUGGCUGCCAUGCGGGGGAAUGUGGACUGCCUCGAAGCCAUGCUGGCCCACGGCGUGGACACCAUGACCAAGGACAGCUCAGGUUACACUGCCCUGCACUUGGCAUCCAAGCACGGCCAUCCGCAAUGCGUGAGCAAGUUGCUGCAGGCUUCCUGCCCUGUUGACGUGGCUGACAGCAGCGGCCGGACAGCACUGCACCAUGCAGCUGUCAGCGGCUGCAUCUCAUGCUUGGAGAUCCUCUGUGAUUUCAAGGCUCCCUUGAACGUCAAGGACAAGGAUGGCUUCACGCCACUGAUCCUUGCCGCCAAGAUGAGCCACUCGGAGCUGUGCCGAUACCUGCUGCACCGUGGAGCGACUGUGAACAGCCGAGAUCUGCAAGGAAGAACAGCCUUGAUGCUGGCCUGUGAGAAUGGCAGCGUGGAGACUGUGGAGGUGCUUGUCAACGCGGGUGCCCGGGUGACCGUGGUUGACUCCACAGGCCACGAUGCAGCUCACUACAGCCUGGCCACAGGCAAUGCUCUCAUCCAGCACUUCCUGCAGGAGGCUGCCCAGCGCCAGUCCUGGGCCAGUGAAGAGGAGUUGGCUGAGCAGACCUCCCAGACAUCUUCGCCCAGCCAGUCCUCAGGCAGGGAGAAGAGCAGCACCCCAAGGAAGAGGAAAGCCCCCCUGCCACCCCCAGGCACCCUGAGCCAGGAGGACAGGGACGCCUAUGAGGAGAUUGUGAGGCUGCGGCAGGAACGGGCCCAAUUCUUGCAGAAGAUCAGGGGCUUGGAGCAACAGGAGAAGCAGAGACGGGAGCAGGCAGAGCUGGACGAGGGCUCCAUUCGCUUCAUGGAGAAGCAGAUCCAUGAGCUGGAGCAGCGGCUGGCAGCACGGGAUGGUGAGAAGGAGCGUCUGGGCAAGGAAGUGGAGGCUCUACGAAGCCGCUUGUCCUCGCUGGAGAAUGAGAAGGAGAACACGAGCUACGACAUCGAGACACUGCAGGACGAAGAGGGAGAGCUGCUCGAGUUCCCAGGGGCAGAGCUACUGCUCUCCAAGAAGACGCUGAGUCCCUCGACCGAGGAGCUGCUGGCCACGCUGCAGGGGCAAGUGCAGUCCCUCACCAUGCAGAACAAGGAGCUGAGGGAGAAAAUACAGAUCCUGGAGAACUACGAGAGGGACGAGAGCGACUUGUCUGCCUCGAGGGACUUUGUGCCUGUCAGCCUCUACGACUCCCUCAAGUGCGAACUGGAGCAGCUGAAGGAGCAGCACGUCAAGGCGCAGGCUGCCUUGCAGGCUCUGGAAGGUGAGAGAAGUGCCGUGGAGCAGCUCACUGAGCAGCUAGCCCAGACCCAGGGCAAGUACGAGGCAGCCCUGGCUGAGGUGCAGGCGCUGCGGGAGCAGAUGCAGCUGGGCAUCCUCUUGGUGGGGGAGCCCGCCGAGGGCACUGGCACUGAGCUGGCGGUGGCAAAGACUGCACUGCAGCAGGCCAGGGAGGCCCUGGAAAAGCGGGAGCAGCGGGUGAGGGAGCUGCAAAGCCGGCUGGAAGCACGUGAGGCGGCUGGGGGGCCCCGGGCCAGCUCUGAGGAGGCCUCACGGGAGAAGGCAGCCUUGCUGGAGCGCUGUGGCCGGGCAGAGGCAGCAGCAGAGUCCCUGCGCCGCAGCCUGGAGGCCAAGACGUGGGACUGGCAGGCAGCAGGCGGUCCGGAGCCAGAGGCUGGGGUGCUGGAGCAGCGACUGGUGGAGCUGACACGGCAGCACAGUGAGGUGAUGGCCCAGCUGGGGCGGCUGCGGGACGUGCUGAGCUGCAAGGAGGCUGAGCUGGAUGCUCUGCGGGAGCAACUGGCCGCCCGACCCGUGGCCCGCCAGGAGCACGAGGAGGCCCUGUCACGGCUGAGGCGGACGCAGGCGCUGCGGGAGCGGGCGGCCCGGCUGGAGGCCGAGGCAGAGGCCAAGGGGCGCGAGGCCACCCGGCUGGAGGCCGAGCUGGUGAAGGCCCAGGAGGCGGCGGUGCCGCGAGGCGAGCACGAGGCGAUGCAGGCUGGGCUGCGGGCCGAGGUGGCAGCGCUGGCGCAGCGCCUGAGCGACCUGAUGCGGCGGCAUGAGAAGACGUGUGAGGAGGUGUUCAGGGUGCAGCGCCAGGCGCUCUUCAUGAAGAGCGAGAAGCAGGCGGCUGAGGAGCGCCUGGCUGCUGCGCACAAGCAGCUGGAGGAAGCGCGGGCUGAGGCGCGGCGCCUCCAGGACCUCCACGGCCGUGUCGAGGACUCGAGCCGGCUGGUCAGGGACAAGGACAGGAAGAUCACUGAGCUCUCCAAAGAGGUCUUUAAGCUGAAGGAGGCUUUGAACGCCCUCCCCGAGCCCCGAGGUGCCCCACAGCUGCCUCCCGACACUGCCACGCUCCAGGCCAGGAUCCAGACACUGGAGACGCAGCUGGCGGAGAUGGAGACACGGCACAGCAAGGUGGUCACACUGUACCGGAGCCACCUGCUCUAUGCAGUGCAGGUGAGGCUGCCACAGGGCCACAUGGAUGAAGACGUGCAGAGGCUCCUGUGCCAGAUCCUGAAGAUGCAGCAGCUACAGGAACAGGGCAGAUGAACUCUGGCCAUUCAGCCAGCACCACGGGGGCCGAGAACACAGCCAGCAGCACCAGCCGGGGACCAGGCCAUGCUUUACCCUCCAUGGCCACGCUGCCCCUUCACUUCCGUGUUGCUGACAGGCACCCACUGGCCACAUGCAUCCCCCAUGCUCACCUGGCCCCGUAGCUGGCACCGGGGUCCGGGACACUGUGGUGAUGUCCCUGUGACUCUGCGCACCUCAGCACAGCAGUAAUAAAGUAUUUAUACUCACA